AAACAAAGGGGUAUGCAAAGUAAUAAAACAAGAAGCCCAUUUAAGCGAAAAAAAAAAGAAUUAAAUUAAGAAAACAAAUUAUUGAAUUAAGAGAGAAAUGUAGAGGCUUUUGGCGGGUUUCUGAAGUUGAUAUCUGAGCUAAAACACUAAGCUCCAUUUCACCUCAUUAAUGGUGUUAAACAAUUAACCUUGUUAUUUACUCCAUUUUAGAUCUUAAUCUUCAAAUUAUAUCCUAACAACCAAAACCCAAAUACUCUUCCUCUCAAAUCUCUCUCUCUCUCUCUCUCUCUCUGGUUCUGUAUCAGUGGAGAAGUCAGAAGCUUCCCAGUAAAGAUUCCCUACUUUGCCUUACAUCUUAAGCACCUGCAGAUCCGGAGCCGAGCGUCGACUUUUCCUACUGGUCACCAUUGUACCCUGCAUAGCAUUUUCGGUAGUCUUUCUUUUUUGGCGUUUCUAAUAAUUUUAGCUUCGAAUUUAACAUUUUUUUUUUUAACAUUUGAGUUUUUCUUCAUUGCGUCAAAUCUGGUUUUUGACGUUUUCCUCAAUCAAAUACAGUGUUUUUUUUUUGGUGCAGAGAUAAAAUAACAUUUCUUUUAGGGUACUCUUUUUUCCACAUUUAGCUAAGCAUUUUCACAUUUGAGUCUCGGAUUCUCUUUCUUCACUCUCUGCUAUUUUUGUCAGUUUUCGGGUUCAGUGUAUAUUUACUGGCCUGGUUAACUCUGGCAUUGCUUUGAGGUUCUUCUUCUGGGUAUAUUUUUUAUUUCGUCGGUUUAUGGAUGUGAGCAUCUGAACGCACGGCGGUUCUCUUGGGACUUUUGGAUCCGAUGGAUUUUUUAUUUCCUUUUUUGUUGCAAAUGGGUUUCUGAACUUGUCCCUGGUUUUGGAUUUUACGGGUUCUAAACCUCCUUUUAAGGAACAAGGGUAUGGAAAUGGGACAUUGAUCAAUCACUGGACAAAUUAAACAGCAAUGUCAAGGGUCACUAGAUGGAAAGUUGAGAAAACAAAAGUCAAAGUGGUUUUCAGGCUACAAUUCCAUGCUACACAUAUUCCUCAAACUGGAUGGGAUAAGUUGUUUAUUUCAUUCAUUCCUGCUGAUUCUGCAAAGGCAACAGCUAAGACAACCAAAGCAAAUGUGAGGAGUGGCACCUGUAAAUGGGGAGACCCAAUCUACGAAACCACAAGACUUCUCCAUGAUAUUAAGACAAAGCAAUACGAUGAUAAGUUCUAUAAACUUGUGGUGGCGAUGGGUUCAUCUCGGUCUAGUGUCCUUGGUGAGGCUAACAUCAACCUUGCUGAUUACGCUGAUGCAUCAAAGCCCUCCUCUGUUGCACUGCCUCUUCAGGGAUGCGAUUCUGGAACCAUUCUACAUGUCACGGUACAGCUGUUAACAUCUAAAACGGGUUUCAGAGAGUUUGAGCUUCAAAGGGAGCUUCGAGAAAGGGGUCUCCCAGAUGAAUCUGUUGCCAGAAGAUUAUCAUCUGUUGAUGAUACAAUGAAUGAUCCAAUGGACAAGGUCAAUUCAAAAGUUCGAUUCAAAGAAGAAUUGCCUCUCCUUGAAGAAGAGGUGGGCCUCAGUGAAGAGUAUGCAGACUCAGCUGUUGGCUUCGAUGGUUCUUCGAGUACUUCAGAGAGUUUAUAUGCUGAGAAACAUGAUACUUCCAGCACCAAUGAAAUUGACAGCCUUAAAUGUACAACCCCUGGUGGCGUAGUUGGGCCGAGUCAAGGUCUACAGCCAGAAAAAGGAGAUCCCUCUAAUGUUCGGUUUGCGCCUCCUGGAAGUAAUGAUUGGGCUCAUGGCUGGGGCGCUGACUAUUCUGCAGAUAAUGACUUGGCAAAUGCAUAUGAGGAGAAUAGUAGACUUCGAAGAAGCUUGGAAAUAGCCGAGUCAUCUAUUCUUGAGCUUAAGCUGGAGGUGAGUUCCUUACAAAGUCAUGCUGAUGAUAUAGGCACCGAAGCCCAAAAAUUUUCUCAGCUGCUUGCUACUGAAAUGGCUUCAGGAGAACAAUUAGCAAAAGAAAUUUAUGUACUGAGAUCAGAGUGUUCAAAUUUCAAGGCUGAUCUUGAACAGUUAAAAAAUUCCAAAUUAUACAUUCCAUUUACUGCAAAAGAAACUAAAAAGACAGACCGGGAUGCCUCCUUUCAAGAGUUGCCACUCAGGUGGGUCAAGGGGCUUCUGGAACUGGAGGAUAAGAUAAAAGAGGUUCGAAGCAAGGCAUGUUUUGGAUUCCAAGAAAGGGAAGUGGGGUCCUUCAGUUCAGAUAUAGAUGCAUUGCUGGGCGUUGUGGAGGAUCUUAAACAAGGUACUAGACAGACAAUUUCAACGAUGAACUUGGUGAAUGUAAAGGAGAUCAGAGAAAUGAAUUUGCACAAGGGUCAACAACUAUUACCAGGAAGCAGGUUUAGUGCUGAGUUUUACCAGCCAGAAGGUCUGUUUCAUUGUGUGGACAUACCUGCCGUGGUAUCUCAAGAAACUGAUUCUGCAGAUGCUCACAGUGCAAUCAAGGGAAAAAUGUUUGAACUUAUCAAAGAAUUGGGUGAAUCGAAAGCUGAACGCGAAGGCCUUGCAAGAAAAAUGGAUCAAAUGGAGUGCUACUAUGAAGCUCUUGUUCAGGAACUUGAGGAAACUCAGAGACAGAUGAUGGGUGAGUUGCAGAAUGUCAGAAAUGACCAUACAACUUGCCUCUACACGCUUUCAGCUACAAAAGCUGAGAUGGAAAGUAUACAGCAAGACAUGGAUAAGAAAAUAACAAGAUUUACUGAGGAGAAGUGUGAAUUGGAGACUCUCAACAAAGAUCUCGAAAGAAGGGCUGUUACUGCAGAAGCAUCACUGAAGAGGGCUCGCUUGAAUUAUUCUAUUGCAGUAAACCAGUUACAGAAGGAUCUUGAAUUGCUCUCUUUCCAGGUUCUCUCCAUGUAUGAAACUAAUGAUACCCUCAUUAAGCAAGCGUUUUCAGAUUCUUCAACACCAAGCAUUAUUGAGCACAAAUCAAGAGAGAGUAAAAAUUUGGACUCAAAGGAACUUCAAUCAACGAAACUCUCUCAGUCCCCGCGUCAAUUUGAUGCGGUGAAGAAAGAUUUAGAUGGAGACAUUAUAUCAGACUUGAGAAGAUCUCUUCUUUUGCAGAAGGACCUUUACCGGAAAGUUGAAGAAGAAGUUGGCGAAGCUCAUUUGGUGAAUGCAUACUUGGACAUUUUCUCAAAGACUCUACAAGAAACUUUACUUGAGGCAAGUGCUGAUUACAGAUUGCUCAAAAUGAAAUCUGACAAACUUACACAGCAGCUGGAGGUUUCAACUGAAUCUAAGGGGAUGCUGAGGCAGAGGCUUCAAAGUGUCAUGGAUGAGGUUCAACAUUUGAAUGAAUACAAGAAUAAUUGUGAUGCAAAAUGCAAUGACAUGGCUCUGCAGAACCAAAUUUUAGAAACAAAUUUUCAAAAGGUUACUGAAGAAAAUGUUUUUCUUUCCCAAAAGAUUACUGAAUGUGAGAGACUGCUAAAAGAUUUGGAAAGUUAUGAGAACAAAUUCCAAGCAAGCUCUAUUGAAAAGUUAGAGUUGGAGAAUUUGUUGAAAAAGGAAGGGCUAGAAAAUGAAAAUCUUAAAAACAAAAUUCUGUCUUUGCAAGAUGAGUUGAAAGCUGUGAAGAUUGAAUUCGAAGAGCUAGCUUCUGCAAAGCUCGGUGAAGAAAACUUUCUUCUUUCUGCAAAGAUCACCGAAUGUGAAACACUGACGAGUGAUUUGGAAAGUUGCAAGAAAAAUUUUGAAGCAUCCUCUAUUGAUAAGUUAGAGUUGGAAAAUUUGUUGAAAAAGGAAGUGCUAGAGAAUGAAAAUCUUAGAGAUGAAAUUUCGUCGUUGAAGGAAGAGAUGAAAGCUGUCAGAACUGAACUUGAUAAGCUAGCUUCAGCAAAGAUCGGUGAAGAGAAUUUUCUUCUUUCGGAAAAGAUUGCUGAAUGUGAAACACUGUUGAAAGAUUUGGGAAGUUGUGAGAGCAAAUUCCAAGCUUGCUCCAUCAAAAAAUUAGAGUUGGAAAAUUUGUUGGAAAAGGAAGCACUAGAAAAUGCAAAUUUACGACGUAAAAUUUCCUCUUUGCAAGACGAGGUUACUGAAUUCGAAGAGCUAUCCUUUGCAAAGGAGGAUUUGCAGAGUACUCUAGACUUUCUUCAUGAUAAGCUGCAGAAUCUGCUGGCAUUCUAUGAUGAAAAGUUUAAUGGGUUGAACAUUUUCAGUGAAUAUGUGUGUGAGGGACUAGAGCCCAAUGAUUUGAAAGGUACUGUGAUGAGAUUGGAAGAGAUACAGCAUAUUGCCAGAAAGAAGAUAUUCCAGCUGAUUGAAGAGAAGCAAGAUUUAGCGCGUCAGAGAGAUGUGGCUCAGAUGUCCUUAAAUGCAGCAGAGUCAGAUAAUGUCGUAAUGAAACGAAAAUUUGAAGAUGAUGCACGGAGUGUAAUGGGAAAACUGGAGGUGUCUGGUAUCCUCAUGCAUAAGCUUCAGUCCGAAGUUGAGGCCAUUGCUAACAAAUUGAAGCUUAGCUCUGAAGCUGAAGAAAAUUAUGAACAGUUUCACAGAGAACUUCUGUCUGCGUUUGAUGAUUUGGAAGCUGAGCUGCAGCAUCUGACUUCUAAGAACAAAGAUCUUGCUCAAGAAAUAAUGGCAUUACGGAGUGUAAGUGAAGAGGUCGGAAGGUAUAAACAGGAAAUAGCAGCAAUAUCAGAGGAAAGGAAAGUUCAGAUGAUGAUCUUGAAGGAUAAGAAUGAGGAAUCUGCAAAGCUAGAAAUCGAGCUUAAUAAUAUGAGAUCAAAUUUGCAAUCACUCCAUGAUGAGUUGCAUGUUGAAAGAAGCAUUAGAAGUAAGUUAGAAAGCAGUGUAACUGAUCUUACUUCUCAAUUGAAUGAAAAGCAGCAUGAGUUGCUGACUUUUACUCAACAGAAGGCUGAGUUGGUUCACCUGAAACAGUCUGUGAAAGAUUUAGAACUAGAGAAGGCAAGUAUCUUUCGGACUUUGUCGGAUUCUGAACAAAGUCUAAAAGCAGCUGGUGAACACUUUUCUGAUAUAUCUCGUUUGGAAGCCCAAUUUUCUGAAAUGCAUGAGUUAUCAUUAGCGACAGAUGUGAGACUUACUUUUACAAAAGCUCAAUAUGAGUUCUGCUUUGAGGAGCUUCAGGACAAGUAUGUUAGUGUCGAGAGUAUGCUUAAUCAUUGUCUUUCUACCAAGGCACAUUACAUUGAGGAGAAUGCUAAAUUAAUGACAAGUCUUGAUUCCCUUAGGUCUGAGUUGGAGGGUUCCGCUGCUCAAAAUAGAAUGCUUCUUGAUACAAAUAGCAGCUUAAGAAUUGCAUUUGAUGAACUCGAGAAAAGAGCUGAAGAUGCAGAGGAUAAUUCAAGAAAGAAUGCUGUUGAAGUUGAAAGGUUGAAGGGUAUGUUGGUGAAAUCUGAUGAAGAGAUUGAUGACCUGAUGCUCGUCAAGGAAGAACUAGAAGUCAAACUUUUGGUCCUCAAAUUGAAAUUGGAUGAACAACAACCUCAGAUAGCCUUGAUGGAUGAAUAUAAGCAUGAACUGGGGAUGCUGCAAACUAAGUACAACCAGAUUAGCCAAAAACUCUCUGAACAGGUUUUGAAGACUGAAGAGUUUAAGAAUUUGUCAGUUCAUUUGAAGGAGCUUAAAGACAAGGCUGAGGCAGAGUGUCUUCAGGCUCGUGAAAAAAGAGAACCAGAAGGACCACCACUUGCUGCGCAAGAGUCCUUGAGAAUUGCAUUCAUCAAAGAACAGUAUGAAACGAAGCUGCAAGAAAUGAAACAGCAACUUUCAAUCUCCAAAAAGCAUAGUGAAGAAAUGCUGUGGAAAUUACAAGAUGCAAUCAAUGAUGUCGAAAAUCGGAAGAAAUCUGAAGCUUCUCACCUAAAAAGAAAUGAAGAGCUAGGGAUGAGAAUCUUGGAAUUGGAGACCGAUUUGCAUUCUGCACUUUCUGAAAAGCGUGAAAUAAUGAGGGCAUAUGAUCUAUCAAAGGCUGAAAAAGAAUGCUCAUUGAUAAGCCUUGAAUGCUGUAAGGAAGAAAAAGAAGAGCUCGAGGCCACAUUGCGCAAAUGCAGUGAAGAAAAAUCUAAGAUUUCAUUAGAGCUCACCUCUAUGAAGGAGUUUCUUCAGAGCUCGGCAUCCCAAGUGAAUAAUCAGAGAAGAGACAAUGAGGGUUUAUGCAAACCAGAUUGUGUCUCUGAUGAGCCAGCCACUGCUUGUCAAGAAGUUGGCCAUGCUUUUUUCACUCCCAUUGAUGAAGGUGACCAGUCAAAGGAAGCCAUCAAUCCGCAAAAAAAUCAGGAUGCUCUUACAACUCGGUCGGCAGGUCAAGAGGAUACACUACGAAAAGACACAGAGCAUUUAGCUGUUAUGAAUGACCAUUUCAAGACCCAAAGUUUAAAGUCUAGCAUGGAACAUUUAAAUAAGGAGUUGGAAAAGAUGAAACAUGAAAAUUUGCUUUUGUCCCAAGAUGAUCAUCAAUUUGAUCCAAAUUGUUCUGGUUUACAAAGAGAGCUGAUGCAGUUACAAAAGGUAAAUGAAGAACUGGGAACCAAAUUUCCUUUGUUUAAUGAGUUUUCUUACAAUGGCAAUGCAUUGGAGAGGGUACUGGCUUUGGAAAUUGAGCUUGCAGAGUCCUUGCAAGCAAAGAAGUCACGAGUUCAAUUUCAGAGUUCUUUCUUGAAACAGCAUGGUGAUGAGGAAGCAGUAUUUAAAAGCUUUAGGGACAUCAAUGAGCUAAUUAAAGACAUGUUAGAAAUCAAGCAAAGAUAUACAACAGUGGAGACUGAAUUAAAGGACAUGCACGACCGAUACUCUCAACUAAGUCUUCAAUUCGCAGAGGUUGAAGGAGAGAGACAGAAGCUCAUGAUGACUCUGAAGAAUGUCCGGGCAUCCAAGAAAGUACCAUAUUUAAAUCGCUCCUCGACAGCCCCACUUGGAGGUCCAUUGACAUAGCAACUGUAACAAUUGCUUAAGUUUUCCUCAUUUGCGGAGGGAGCAUCCAGAAUCGCUCUUUCACUCGGCUGAGAAGAUUUAGUAUUUCAACAAUGCUUUGCUGCAUUAUGUAAUUAUGUAGAUCAGAGGUGAAUGUUCAUGGGCAGCUAAAGGUAGUGCAGAGCAGAGGGUCAAAUUUCAAAUGAAAAAGAAAAAGAAAAGGAUGUGUAAAUAAAAACGUCAGUUGGUUCAUGUCACUGAUUUUUAUAGGACCAUAAGUACAAGUCCCUAUAAUGUACAACUCUAAUUUUCUCUUCUUCCUUUUGGAAGAAGGCUUGGGUUUUGGGUCAUCCCGGUGGUGUAACUUCUACUGUAUAGAUACCAUUUUUCUUAAUAGACAUUAGUAAUUCUAUUUAAAUAUCUUCGAAAAGGAUAGGAAACGUUUCUCCAA